UAUAUUUAUCUGAGCUAAUGUUUGUUAUUACUGUUCAUAUCAAUAUUUCAGACAGUGGUGCCAUCGCUGUUCAGGCCUUACAGUGUGUGGGGCUGGUAGAACUCAUCCUGGCAACAUGGAAUGAAGUGCAGACCAACUUCUUUGAUGGCGGGCUUCCGUGUCGCUACUUCACUGAGGUCACUGGAGGUCUGGGUAGAUCUCACAACACACAAGCCAUGCCUUUCAACAUGUCAGUCUUCACUGGCAAGCAGCGGGGAUACAAAGGUGGUGUCAUUCUUCUUGUCAUCGGGACUCUCCUCUACAUCAUAGCCUUUAGUGCUCCUUUCUGGAAGAAGAGUGAGUCAGAAGGAGAAUAUGAGUCAGAAGGAGAAUAUUAUGUACGAGUAGAGUAUACAGGUCUUUGGCAGCGCUGUGAGUACAGCUCAAGAUAUCCCACGAUUUGCUAUUCAGUACAUCCUGUGCUGUUUGCUAAAUAUUUCGACAGUGGUGCCAUAGCUGUUCAGGCCUUACAGUGUGUGGGGCUGGUAGGACUCAUCCUGGCAACAUGGAAUGAAGUGCAGACCAACUUCUUUGAUGGCGGGCUUCCGUGUCGCUACUUCACUGAGGUCACUGGAGGUCUCGCAGGUUUUACUGGAGCGAUGGUGUUUGUUUACGGAAUGCAAAAUGAGCUCCGCGGAGGUUGGGUCAAGUAUUCUUGGUGUCUUCCCUUGGACAUAGUUGGAUGCCUGUCAUGCGCUCUGAGCACGUUUCUGACUUCUAAGUUCAAGGGUUACGACGAUACAAGUAAGAUGAUAUUUACCGUUUGGCUAACAGCCGCACAUUUACCGCGCCUGAACACACACACACACACAUAUUAAUGGUUUAUUUAUACUCAUGUAUAUAAGUGUGUUCUCUCUCUCUCUCUCUUAGAAGAAGGGGGAUCGCCAGUUUCGAGCUUGGCUAUUCGACUUAUGUGAUCUUUUGUUUUUUGAACGCUUGACCGUUUGGCCGAGAAAUGAAUGUCUCCCUCAGAUUGUGAAACCCGUUAUUACAAGAUUAUAAGCAGGUGUCUCGAAUAUAAGCUUUCUUAAAAUUAAUCUUUCACGGAAGUAUAAAAAAAACUUAGGAAAAACUCCACAACCACAAUACUACAAUCAACACAGUACAUGUA